CCAUAUGUAGAAGAGCCUCGUAAUCGAUCUGGCACUAAUUUUAAAGAUGACAAUUCGCAUCAGCUGAUUGCAAGGUUUGAAACAGCUGUACAACAAUACAAGAUGGAGCUAAACACGCUGUUGUGUACAUUGUGGAUGGAGACUAUUGGAUCAGCAGGUGACAUACAGAAACGUACUCAGCAUAAAAACAUUGCUCUAACACUUGGCAGGAAUGAAUUCAGAGAUGUUGUACUGAAACUUGAAUUCCCUAAACGAGACAUGAAGUUUGCAUUGAAAGAAUUAACAAUCUUCAAGAAGUUUGUCAAAGAGGGUAAAGCAACCAUUAAAAUUCCUGACAGGAACAUACAAUUUUUGCUAUCAAAUUGUCCGCCAGAUAAACUCAUUAUGUUUCUCAAAACCAUGCACACCAAACUUGAAUGUCAUAAACAAAAACCACCUGUUCAUGAUCGGAAGCGUUUGUUGUCAGAUAGGCCAAAAACAUUUGAGGACAUAAGUCCACUUACUCUGAAAGACCUUCAGACAGUUCAUGAAAUGAGAGCGAAAAAUGUUGAAAACAAAUCGGACAUGUUCACACCAAAGGGAAAAGGGAAGCGAAAAAGAGAAAAUGAUGAAAAAGAAAAUGUUCUACCCCAGGGCGUGAAAAUGGCUCGUAAACUCGUGUCCACCAGCUGUAGCCCUUUUAAACCUGUGCUGAACCCAGUCAAGCUGAACAAGGGACAAACGUCUGUACUGGAUGCCAUCAUCAGUAGGAAGAAUGUGUUCUUUACAGGCAGUGCUGGGACAGGCAAAUCCUUCCUACUGCGGAGAAUUAUUGGUGCUUUGCCACCCCAACACACUUAUGCAACAGCCAGUACAGGUGUAGCCGCUUGCCACAUAGGGGGAAUAACUCUGCAUUCCUUUGCAGGUAUAGGCUCCGGCCGUGCAGAUCUUCAGCAGUGCGUGGAGCUGGCUUCACGGCCACUUGUCAUACAGCAAUGGAAGAAAUGUCAACAUCUCAUCAUUGACGAAAUAUCCAUGGUGGAGGGUGACUUCUUUGAUAAAUUGGAAACCGUAGCAAGAGUAGUAAAGCAGAAUGAUCUUCCCUUUGGAGGAAUACAGCUGAUUCUAUGUGGCGAUUUUCUACAGUUGCCACCUGUUACCAAGGGCUCAGAUAAAAGGAAGUUUUGUUUCCAGGCAAAGACAUGGCCAAAGUGUGUCCAGUUGAACAUGGAGCUGACAGAGGUGAAAAGACAAUCAGACAACCACUUCAUCAACAUCCUACAGAACGUCAGACUCGGCAGAUGUCCUGACAUUGUUGAAACAACACUUCGAGCAACAGCGAAACAUAACAUUCAGAAGGAUGGUAUCCUAGCAACACGACUUUGUACACACAAGGAGGAUGUGGACCAGAUCAACAAGUACCAGAUGGAGAAGCUCAAUGCCACGUCGAAGGUAUUUUUAUCUACAGACAAUGACACAUCCUACGCCAAACAAAUAGACAGCCUGUGUCCUGUCCCGCACAAACUGGAGCUCAGGGUGGGCACACAGGUGAUGCUAGCCAAGAAUCUGGAGGUACAUCGAGGCCUAGUCAAUGGAGCCAGAGGGCUGGUCACUGGUUUUGAGAAGGGAGGCGAAGGUUUACCAAUCGUGAAAUUUCUGUCUGGACUUGAGGAGGUCAUCAAACCUGCACGGUGGACAUUUAAAGCUGCAGGGGCAGUCUACCUGACACGGAGACAGAUUCCCCUCAAACUGGCCUGGGCAAUCUCCAUACACAAGAGUCAGGGGAUGACAUUGGACUGUGUGGAGAUCACAGUCUCCAAGGUGUUUGAAUCAGGCCAGGCCUAUGUAGCGUUGUCACGUGCCAAGAGUCUGGAGGGACUGCGAGUGCUGGACUUUGACAGAGGAUGUGUGCGUGCAAACCCCGAUGUACUCAAGUUCUAUCACAAACUAGACUUAACUCGCAGGAUGUUACAAACCAACAUAGAGGAGUAUUCUUGAUAUUCAUGAUGUCUAGGGAGAAAUAUCAGAGAUGGAAGUUGUACUUGAUAUUUGUGAUGUCUAGGGAGAAAACUCAAAGAUGGACGUUGUACUUGAUAUUUGUGAUGUCUAGGGAGAAAUAUCAAAUAUGAAUGUUGUACUUGAUAGUUGUGAUGUCUAGAGAGAAAUCUCAAAGAUGAAUGUCAUACUUGAUAGUUGUGAUGUCUAGGGAGAAAUAUCAAAGAGGGACGUUGUACUUGAUAUUUGUGAUGUCUAGGGAGCAAUAUCAAAUAUGAAUGUUGUACUUGAUAGUUGUGAUGUCUAGAGAGAAAUCUCAAAGAUGAAUGUCAUA